AGGAUGGAGAGAUCGAUCCCUGCCUCAGUUAGAUGAGAGUUUGAACCAUCGCAAUCAAUCCGAUGAACAUGAAAGACUUGGUGCUGACUUGACCAAAGUAGCCGAUGUCCUGAUGACCAUCUGAGGAAGAGUCUGAGAACCUGCUAAAGGAUCACUACCGUAGUCAGCACCGGGACGGCAGGAGUCGAGCAUGUCCGCCUAUCAACACCGACAGCUGUGGUAGAUUUUUCCGCCUCAACUCCCCUGCCACACGUCGCAACAACAACAUGUCGCAACCAAUGAAGGGCAAGGACAUUAACGUUCCCCUUGUAAGGGAACCAAAUGAAAAUGAACCUGUUUGCAAGACCAAACUAGCGGCAUCGUCACUCGACAACCCAGAUGGUCCCCAGUCGGAGGAGGCUGUUCAGGCCCAGGAGAGCAAGCGCCGGAAACGGCGGAUUAUGAAAGUAGCCGUUUAUUUCAUGUUUGGUAUCAUUGCACUUGGUGUCUUUGCCAUCUGGUUGUUUCACAAGGACAACGUUGCAGCUGUGAAGCUUGAUGAGUCCUUCACCUUCACAGUGAAGAUGCGAACGCUGGAGCUGGAAAACAACAAUGAGGACACAAUAAUGUAUGGUGACCUUGGCAUGCAUCUGAAGGCCACAUCCUAUCAUUACUGCUGGGACGAGCACCGUCUGGAUUACGACAUGCAUUGUCUGCUGUGGCGAAAGAUGGCAACUCUACACUUCUCUAAGGACGAUAAUGAAACACUGCCUUGUUAUACCCUAGAGUGGAAAGGCUUGUCUGACAAUUUCAAAGCUGAAGAUUGUUACUAUUUGCUUGGCUUUAAAUGGUAUGGAUUAAUAACUGACAAACAUGGUAUAUGGCCAAUGUCAAAGUUAAUUAUUAAAAAUGCCACAUUUUAUCCAAAAUAUCCAGUAGGUCAAAAGAGAAAUCGUAUUCCAAUGUGGUUAUCGUCGAAAGGAGUUGCUCUUUUUGUGGACAGCAACACCCCAUUCUUAAUAUCAGUCAACACAACUGAAGAACAGCAGUUCUGCAUGCUGUCUGAGUUUGCUUUUGAUGACGUUGGUCUGGGAGGGAGCCUUCUGAAGUACACUAUCUGUCGUGGGACGGACAUGAAAGAUGCAUACCAUAAAUCUCAGCAGCAUAUUAGAGAAAAUUAUGGUGAUGACUUAGGACCAAAGGUUGGUAAAGUUAUCCCCAACCCUGUCCGUGCACUUCUGUCAGAGGAUGACAUUCCAGAGAUGAGAGACCAGCUUGUGGCUUCUAAGACACAGUGCAGUUAUGUUGAAAUCUUCUGGGACUGGGAGAAUGAGACUGGGGACCUUCAGUUCAACUCCAAGAAGCUUCAGAAGCUACAGACACUUCUGGACGAUCUGGCAGGAACUGAUUGUAAGGUCUUGAUGCCUGUGUCAACACUUUUCACAUACAGAUCUAAACAUUUUAUGGAAGGUAUGGACAACGAUUACUUCUUGCGUGAUGAAAUGGAUAUUGUUACCAAAAUGAUUAAGUGGCGAGGGAAGGAAGGUGCAGUGUUAGAUGUGACUAACCCUGAUGCCAUUCAGUGGUUCCAAGGACUUCUUGAAAAACUAGUGGAGGACUACAACAUUGCAGGCUUUAAACUCCUGCACAUUGAGAUCCCACGACUUGUGACAUAUAUGGAUAAAAACGUCACAUUCUUGGAUUAUCCUCGUCUAUUUGCUGAAGUUGUUUCAGCAAUGAAUACAUCAGUUGUUUUGGAUUACGUGGCUGGAUUCACCCCUGAGUCAGUGUUCACAUCCAUCCAUGCAGAGUUGUUUGAAAUCAAUGGAGCCAAAUGCUUCAAUACAGUUAUCCCCCUCGCUCUACAGAAUGGAAUGGGUGGAUACCCAAAUAUACUUCUGGAUGGAUUGGCUGAAUUAGAACUCUCAAAGGAACUAUUUGCUCGAUGGUUGCAGCUAGCUGCAUUUUUCCCAGGUAUUAGGAUCCCAAUGUUAUCAAUUCUGUCUGAGGAGGAUGUGGAGGAUCUGUUGGAAAGUGCCCUCAAACUACGACAGAGCAUUUUGACCUACAUAGAGACUGCUGCCCAAAAUCAAAAGGGUGACCCAAUUAUUCGACCGGUCUGGUGGAUGGAACCAAAUGAUCCUGUUGCACAAAACAUUGAUGAUCAGUUCAUGGUGGGGGAUGUUCUGAUGGUUGCACCUGUGUUGUGUGAAGGCAAGAAAACUCGUUCGGUGUACCUCCCGAAGGGAAAAUGGCGCAGCAGUGGGAAUAAGCCUAUUGAGGGUGGACAAACCAUCACCAUCAAUGUUAAAGAUAUAACAAAUGUUCCACAUUUCUUCAAGAUACCAUAGAUCAUGGCAGGGUAGAAUUUUGACACUAUUCCACAUAGACAUCUGUUUAGAAUGUGACAUGUUUCACUGAAUCCGAGUUGUGUAUUGUGAGUUGUGAGGAACCUUUGAUAUUAUGUAUAUAUAUGUGCAAGCUCUGUAGGGCGGAAUCCUGUACUCAUUGUAGAUAAAGUCAGGAACUGGAUUAAAACAACUGUAUCAGUUGGAAACCGAAAAACUGAUUUCUUUAGAAUUUUUGAAUCUCUGCUUUUUUGUUUACUAAUAUACUCAUGUUAUGCAGGCUAACUAUUGCAUCUGUCCUUCACAUGCUUCUUUUUGUAAUUAAAUAUUUUUGUCUAUCCAUCCAAAAUUAGUAUUCUGUUGAAAUGUUUACAACAGCAGAUAUGAAAGAGUAUUGGUAUUUUUUAGUGAGAUGUUCAUGUUAUAUGUGAAUUGUCACAUUUGAAAUUGUGUGUGGAUAUUUGGGGAUCUCAUUAUUUUGUUGAUCUUUGAAACUGAACAGAUAUCAUUAGGGAUGUCACGAUACAUAAGUUUCAUGAAUCAAUACAUAUCACGAUACCCUAGUCACGAUUCGAUAUGUAUCACGAUA